CUUGCAACUUUUUUCUUUCUUGUCCUCUCUCUGUUCUCUGGUUAUCAUCUGUUGUUGUUAUACAUCAAACUUAAGGACUUUUUUUGAGCAAAUCAAACUUAAGGACAAAAGCUUCAAAAAGCAGUUUUUGUGAUUUUAUAGUAUGCAUAGAGAGUGAAAAGAUGUAUAUGAUCGAGAGCAAAGGAGGAGCAAUCGCUUGUAUGCUCUUGGCUCUUCUCUUCUUAGGGACAUGGCCAGCAAUAAUGACUCUAACUGAAAGACGUGGCCGGCUUCCUCAACACACUUAUCUUGACUACACAAUCACAAAUCUGUUGGCUGCAGUGAUCAUAGCGUUCACACUAGGCCAAAUAGGUCCAAGCAGACCAAAUUUCAUUACACAGCUUUCUCAAGAUAAUUGGCAGUCUGUGAUGUUUGCAAUGGCUGGAGGAAUAGUUCUUAGCCUUGGAAACUUAGCGACACAAUAUGCUUGGGCUUUUGUUGGUUUAUCAGUCACUGAAGUCGUCACAUCUAGUAUCACUGUAGUUAUUGGCACAACUUUGAACUAUUUCUUGGAUGAUAGAAUCAACAGAGCUGAGAUCCUUUUCCCGGGCGCCGCUUGUUUCUUGAUAGCAGUUUGUUUCGGCUCUGCUGUUCAUAAGUCAAAUGCAGCUGAUAACAAAUCCAAACUCCAAAACUUCAAUAGUUUAGAGACUACUUCUUCUUUCCAAAUAGAGACAAAUCAUGCAAACAGCGGGUUAGGGAAAGAGAAAGCAAAAGAAGGGACUGCAGCUUUUCUUAUAGAGCUUGAGAAACAGAGAGCUAUAAAGGUCUUUGGGAAAAGCACAAUAAUUGGACUGGCAAUAACUUUCUUUGCCGGUAUCUGUUUCUCCAUGUUCUCUCCUGCAUUCAACUUAGCUACAAACGAUCAGUGGCACACAUUGAAACAUGGGGUUCCAAAACUCAGCGUGUACACCGCUUUCUUCUACUUCUCAAUCUCUGCAUUUGUGAUUGCUCUGAUACUAAACAUCAGAUUUCUCUAUUGGCCUGUACUUGGUCUCCCAAGAUCUUCUUUCAAGGCUUACCUAAAUGACUGGAACGGUAGAGGAUGGUCUUUCUUGGCUGGAUUUCUCUGUGGAUUUGGUAAUGGUCUUCAGUUCAUGGGUGGUCAAGCCGCAGGCUAUGCAGCUGCAGACGCUGUUCAGGCACUUCCACUUGUGAGUACGUUUUGGGGGAUAUUGCUGUUUGGAGAAUACAGAAGAUCAUCGAGAAGAACAUAUGUUCUUCUUAUUAGUAUGCUCUUCAUGUUCAUUGUCGCAGUUGCAGUUCUUAUGGCCUCAUCAGGACAUAGAAUAUGAUUUGAGAAAGGAGUUCACAUAGAAAACAUCUACAAUUUCAACUGCUAAAACUAAAAGGAACACAGUUUUAGUUCAUGAACUUGUCAUGAUUUUAGUCCAUGAAAUUAGCUCUUGAAACUGUCCUUUUAAGGAUGGAGAAGAGCCCUAAAAGAAUAUUAAGUACCUUCACUAAUGGCUGUAGCAUGUUCAAAAGUGUUAAGAUGGUUUCUUUCCUCUUA